GAUUUCACUUCAUUUGUCUGUGAUUUUGAAACUGUACUUUCUAUGUUUCAGAUCCAAAACUCUGCUGAAGACAGAGGUAAGGUUGCAAUAUUUUUAUGUUAGUGGAAGCCUAUCAGUCAUCAAAUGGUGAAUUAUAUCAACUCAUGUCAUUUAAUCACUAACUUAGGUGUAUUAUUUCUUUUGAUAGCUCAUGAUGUUGAUGGAGGGCAGCUUAGAAAGGACAUUCCAGAAAUAAACUCAGAAAUGGGAAGGAAGCUUUUUGAAGGUGAUAUUAUCUUACCGCUGGAGAGGAAUGCUCUGAGAAACAGCUCCUACAGAUGGAAAUUUCCCAUCCCCUAUAUCCUAGCUGACAGCCUGGAUCUGAAUGCUAAAGGUGUUAUCCUGCAGGCGUUUGAAAUGUUCAGGCUGAAGUCUUGUGUUGAUUUCAAGCCCUACGAAGGGGAACCGACUUACCUGAAAUUUGAGAAGCUAGAUGGGUGCUGGUCUUCUGUGGGGGACCUUCAGAGUGGCCAGACAGUGUCUAUAGGAGAGAGAUGUGACUAUAAAGCCAUAGUGGAACAUGAGCUCCUGCAUGCCCUGGGAUUUUACCAUGAGCAAUCCAGGACGGAUCGCGAUGACUAUGUUCAGAUAUGGUGGGAUGAAAUUAUUGAAGGUUUUGCAUAUGCCUUUGACAAACACAAUGACAGUUUCCUAGAUGACCUCAAUACCCCAUAUGAUUAUGAGUCAGUCCUGCACUAUGGACCAUAUUCUUUCAACAUCAAUAGCAACGUUCCUUCCAUUACAACAAAAAUUCCUGAAUUUAAUGACAUCAUUGGGCAGAGGUUGGAUUUCAGCAGGAUUGACUUACUGAAGCUGCAUCGCAUGUACAACUGCACUUCGAGCCUCACCUUCUUGGACCAGUGCUCCUUUGAAUACAUCAAUAUCUGUGGGAUGGUGCAAAGUAGACAAGAUGGUGCUAGAUGGGACCACACAUUGGGCAAACCAGGAGAUGAAGACCAUACUUUGGUGGGAAGCUGUGCAGGUAGAGGACAUUUCAUGCACUUAGAUACAAAAACUGGACAUGCUGGUCAGUCAGCUCUUCUGGAAUCUCGCGUCCUUUAUCCAAGGAAGAAGGAAAAAUGCCUUCAGUUUUUCUACAGGUUAAAUGGCAGUCCACAGGAUAAGCUAGUUAUCUGGGUUAAGAAAGAUGAUGGAACUGGAAAUGUUAGAUGGAUGGAAAAGCUGCACACUAUUACAGCUGACGGAGAACAUCACUGGAAAUUGGCCAGCAUUCCCUUCAGUGUCCAAAACAAAUUCCGGUAUGGGUUUCAGGGCAUCAGAGGAGAUCCAGCCAAGUCUGCGGGGGGGAUUGCCAUCGAUGACACCAGCCUGACAGAGACAAACUGCCCCACCAACGUCUGGCACAUCAGAAACUUCACAUCCCUUUUCAACAGUACUUCAAAGGGUGAUUAUAUCAUGAGCCCUGUAUUUUACAGCUCGGAAGGCUAUGCCUUUGCUUUACAGCUGUAUCCUCACGGAAGAAGUUCAUCACCCUACACGAAUUACAUGGGGAUUACUUUCCAUCUCUGCAGCAGUCCGAACGAUGGCCUUCUUGAAUGGCCAGCGGGACACAGACAAGUUGUCUUGUCUGUUUUGGAUCAAGACCCUGAUGUGAUCCACAGGAUGUCCCUCAGCCUUAGCUUUACUACAGACCCAAACCAGCUAGUAUAUGGCAGAAAUGACACCCUGCAGUGGGACAAGCCAUCUAUCACUGGAAGUUUUUCUUCUUUCUGCAACUGCUACAUCAGCCCAGGUGUUGGCUGGAAUACAUUCCUGACCCACAGGGAGCUGCACUGGAAAAAAUUCCUUAAAAAUGACAGUCUUUUCAUCUUUGCUGAUUUUGAAGAUCUCACCCCUUUGAUUACAUCUGAAGUCCCAGUCCAUCCAUGAAGUGCCCUCAACCUCUUCACUACAAGUGCAAACAGUCA